UCUCUCUCACCAUCAAUGGCUCUCUCCAUCUCCAUCUCCAUCUCCAUCUCUCUCCUCCUCAUCUUCCUCUCUCACUUCCCCUCCUCACAUGCAGAGCCUUUCAUCGGAGUUAACUACGGCCAAGUCGCCGACAAUCUCCCUCCUCCUUCAGAAACCGCCAAGCUCCUCCAAUCCACUUCUAUCCAGAAAGUUCGACUCUACGGCGCCGAUCCCGCCAUCAUCAAAGCUUUGGCCGGAACAGGGGUUGGUAUCGUCAUCGGCGCUGCUAACGGCGACGUUCCUUCUUUCGCCUCCGAUCCCAACGCCGCCACUCAAUGGAUCAACUCCAAUGUCCUUCCUUUUUAUCCCGCUUCCAAAAUCAUCCUCAUCACCGUCGGCAACGAGAUUCUGAUGUCGAACGAUCCAAAUCUGGUGAAUCAGCUACUUCCGGCGAUGCAAAAUGUCCAAAAAGCCCUUGAGGCGGUGUCUCUCGGCGGGAAAAUCAAGGUCUCGACGGUGCACUCGAUGACGGUGCUCGGUAGUUCAGACCCGCCAUCGACCGGUUCAUUUGCGCCCGGUUAUCAAACCGGUUUAAAAGGAAUUUUGCAAUUUCUAAGCGACACUGGUUCACCUUUUGCUAUUAAUCCGUACCCGUUCUUCGCGUACCAAAGUGAUCCGAGACCCGAAACGCUGUCGUUUUGCCUUUUCCAGCCUAACGCCGGACGGGUCGACUCCAAAACCGGAAUCAAGUACACGAACAUGUUCGAUGCUCAGGUUGAUGCGGUUCACUCGGCUUUGAAAUCGAUGGGAUUCGAAAAGGUUGAGAUUGUGGUGGCGGAAACAGGUUGGGCGUCAAGAGGGGACGCUAACGAGGUUGGAGCAAGCGUGGAUAACGCCAAAGCUUACAACGGAAACCUAAUAGCUCAUCUAAGGUCUAUGGUUGGCACACCCCUCAUGCCUGGAAAACCUGUUGACACUUACCUUUUCGCACUGUAUGAUGAGAAUCUAAAGCCUGGACCUUCUUCAGAACGGGCUUUCGGGCUUUUCAAAACUGAUCUUUCCAUGGUCUACGAUGUAGGCCUUGCCAAGAGUAGCAGUAGUAGUCAGACACCAUCAGGAAAAGUGACAUCGUCGGGGUGGUGUGUACCGAAGAAGGGUGCCACAAAUGAGGAGUUACAGGCAAGCUUGGAUUGGGCGUGCGGACAAGGAAUAGAUUGUGGUGCGAUACAGCCAGGAGGGGCUUGUUUCGAGCCAAACAAUGUGGCCUCUCACGCAGCCUAUGCCAUGAAUAUGUAUUAUCAGAAAUCUCCUAAGCAGCCUACAGAUUGCGAUUUCUCUAAAACCGCAACAGUCACUUCCCAAAACCCUAGUUACAACAGUUGCGUAUAUCCGGGAGGAGGAGGAGGAGCAGCAGGAAGUAAAGCAGUAAUGAACAAGUAUGUGAGCUCAGACAAAGUAGAGAAGAAGAAUGGAGCAAUAGAACCAAAUGUCUCUUCUUCUCUAUCUUUUCUACUCAUCUUUUUGUCCCUAAUCUUCCAUGUAUAAUAAUGUAAAUGGCUCGAGUAGCUCUUGGAGGUAAGUAAUCAAUUAAUUACGCCUAGUUCUCGAUUUCCUCUGUAUUACUGUGAUCAAGUUUGUUAUUAGUUUUAUAAUGGUUAGUGGUCACACACAUUCUAUAAUAAAAGUGUACUAUUUUUUUUUGUU